AUGUUUAACUUCAAGUUGGUGUUGGUCGGCCCUGGAGGCGUUGGUAAAUCAUGUUUAACGAUACAAUAUAUUGCUCAAAGAUUCGUCGAUGAGUAUGACCCAACUCUGGAAGAUAGUUAUAGGAAGCAGUCGACAAUAGAUGGUGAGGAAUGUAUAUUGGAUAUAUAUGAUACGGCUGGCCAAGAGGACUUUAGUGCGGUGCGCGACCAGUAUAUGCGCACUGGCGAGGGCUUCCUCUGUGUAUAUUCAAUCACCUAUCUACAGAGCUUCAAGGAGAUCCCCAAGCUGCACCAUCAUCUGCUAAAGGUCAAGGAUAUGGAUCGCGUGCCCUUCCUGCUCGUCGGCAAUAAGUGCGACCUGAAGGACUUUCGUGAGGUGCCAACAGCCGACGGCGAGGAGCUGGCUCGCAAGCUGAACUGCAAGUUCCUGGAGACCAGCGCCAAAGAUCGCGUCAAUGUAACAGAAGCCUUCCACGAGUUGGUCAAAGAGGUGAAGCGGGCGCGUCUGAACAAGCCGGCGGGCUCAGAGUCUUCAGACUCCCAGCACAAGAAGAAGAAGCUAUGUGUUGUAUUAUAA